UCUUACUUUUGAAUUUCUUAACUUUCUUCUUCUUGUUGUUGAGCUGUAGCUUUGAAUGUGUUUAUGGAAUCUGGAAUUGAAGGGAGCGCAAGGUCUGUGGACACCGCUCUUCUUGAUCGAUCGGGAUUGAGAUGUGGGCAUAAUCUUUGUGUCUAAAUAAUGAUAUUGUGGAGCAAAACAAAUCUAGGUAGACAGUUUUAUUGAUUUCCUUAUUAGAGAAAGAAGGUAAAGCAAUACUGAGUUCAUUCCUCUUUUAUUUUCACUUUGGUCUGUCACCGUUGAAUUGCAAUUUGGUGUAUUUGUUUUAGGAAGGGGUGCCUAAAAACUAUGAGUUCUUUAAGUGGAUGGAUAGUGAACUCUCAUCCAAGAGUAUGGAGUUUAGGAAAAACAUGUUUGCAAGACUGAUGGGCUGAAAGCAAGUGUGCAAAUGUUGAAGGAGAAGAAUUUGGAGUUGAAAACAAAACUGGAGGAGGCUGAGAAGAAGGUAGAGCAAAAGAAAGCAUUAAGAAGGAAUCGAAAAGCCCAAAUAUUGAUUCUCACUGCUAAAAAUAGAACACUUAAUUCCCAAUAAGAACAAAAAGAGAAAAUGAGGUAGUUGAUUUUUAGUGGGUACCCACCCUGCUGCAAUCCCUAAUUGCAACCAUACCACCAACAGAAGAAAGGAGGAAAAGAAGAAAUGAAGCUGAAAGUGGUGUGUAGAAAGGUUUACGAUUACGUUCGAUACGAUCUGAAAGAAAUAGCGUUUCCUUCUUCACUGCCAGACCCCCCUCAUCUCAAAAAGCGUCGCAAAUUGACUUGGCACGAGCGCUUUCUGGUAUUAAAAGAGGCCUCAAGACUUUAUGCUGCAAGCUGGGUACGGGAUAUUGGUCCUGAUCUUCGACCGAACGAUUAUAAGAAGAAGGAUGAGGAAAGUGAAGAUAGAUCCAAUGGGACAACAAGAACUUCAACUGAAGGGAAAGAGCCCUCGGUAUUUGAAGAUCUUGCUGUUGCUGCGAGAGGAGGUAUGGAGACAUUAAGGCCUGCUUUGCAGCGGGUUUACAUGACAAGAGCUUCAGCCUAUAGAGAUGCUCUCAAAAGUUUUAUAGAAGGAUAUCAGGAAGGUAUUCAGCAGGUCAUGGAGAAGAAGGAAGAAGCUAAAUCUAAACAGGAGAAUGAUACACCCAAUAAGUCGACCUGACUCCUCAUUACUCUAACGAGGCAUUGGAAAUAUUUAUUUUUUUUCUAGAUGCUAGUAGUAGUCCUUUAGAUUGAAACAAGUUACUGCCCUAACAAAAAGAAUAUAAGAAGUUAGUAGUUUGUUUCAUCCUUUUAUGAGGGUUGUAUUGUACAUUAAGCAAGUCUGGAAACUAUGGAUGCGCUGGAAAACAUUUUGUACAUAUACUUUCUGUAUGCAGACUAAGAAAUCAUAGAUAGUACCGCAGUUUUUCAGUCC